AUGUCUAACAACACAUGUUACCCUUCAUUCAGUUUUCUUCCCUUGCAAUGGAACCAUCAUCCUCGUCGUAAUUUCUUCUUAGAUUGUGGCACCCUGGGAAGUGUAUAUGUUUGUGAAGAUGGCGAAACAUUGGUGCAAAAGACACACAACGAUCAAAAAUGUCACCUCUGUGCGCAGUUCCCGAGCCUGCCUCUGUUUAAGAAGCCGAAAUAUGGUAUUUCAGGUAUAGAUCCUGUUGACCAACAGAAUCUUAAAAAACGGAACCAAAAAUUCUUGUACUUGGGCAAAAGAAUGAAGGAGCUGAAGACCUUGCUUAAAAGGAAAAAAUAUAAACCUGAUGCCAUUUUGAAUUUAUUAAAAAGUGUCUAUGAUUAUGAAAAUGGAGAUUGUUCUAUGGAAAGUGUUUUAGACAACUUCAAUCAAAUAACAGAACUGAGAAAAGUAUAUGAAAGAUAUUCAGACCUAUUUAAUGUAGACGUUCAGAAAACCAAUACUUCCUUCACAGGUGGCUGCUUGCAUAUCGUCAACAUUCCUGGUGAGCCUUCAAGAGCUGAAAAUGACAGUGUGCACAUGGCUGCUGUUUUAGGGCCAAAAUUAAAUAAAAUUAAGAUUUUCAGAGCUGAUCUUGAGAAAUCUGGCUUAAUAAGUGUGGAUGAAUCAGAAAUGAUAGAAAUUGAAAGUUCACAGCCUCUUUUUGAAUUGUCCAAUCAGUGUCUUUAUGAUCAAUCUCUGUUAGCUGGUAGAAGCAAGGAUUCUUGUUUUCUGUACAAUAUUUCCACAGAAAAUUCCAUCAAAUGCUUAGAUAAAAUCAGUUUGAAAAAUGAAGAUUUGACAUCAGUUUUUAUGAGUCCUUACAUCCCAGCUGAAUGUCUGAUAGCCACAGACUCUGGUUCUGUCUACCUCUGGAAUGCUGACAAAGGGUAUGAUCUUGUUUAUGGACUACCUAAAGGGGUUAAGUGUUUAUCAAGGUGGAGAGAUGUCCAUUAUGGAAGCCAUCCUCGAUCCUUUGUCCUUACUGAUCAUUCAAGUAUGGAUUUAUUUGAUCUUAGGACUGGGAAGAAAGCUACCAAUCUUUUCAGUCUUCCAUGUAGGCACUUGAAGAACAGGGAAAGACUACAAGUAUCUAAAUUCUCAACUCGAAAUAGCUUCCAACAUUUUCUUGCCACUGAUUAUGCGUUAUUUCUAUUGGAUGAAAGAUAUCCUAGAUAUCCAGUUUUACAAUGGCAACACAUGUUAGAAGGAUUACCACAAUAUAUGUGCUUGGUGACUGAAGUUGUUCAGUCUCUGCAAGAGGAUGUUCUAAUGGUUGGCAGUCAGUAUCCUGCUGAAGUAAUAAAUAUUCAGUACAGAACAUUUGAAACAAAUCCACCCAUAGCUGUAACCUCACCCUGGCGUAUUUCUAAACCUCUUGAUUUAUUUUACAUUAACAAUAUGCACCACAAAGUGGAAGAUUUUUUUGUCAAGAAGAGACUGACUGCUUCUUGCAUUGGCAUUGUUGGGCAGCCUCUGAAUCCUGAAGGAAUGCUUGCUUUCCAGGUUUGUUCAGACUUUGCAACCAUCUUUCUUGAUAUUCCCCAGUUGCCCACAUGUUUUUAUGUUGUUUCUCUUUUUCUUUUUUAUGAAAUUUUUCAUCAUAUCUACAGCUCUCUUUCUUUCUCUCUCUUUUUUUUUCCAGGUUUGUUUAAUGUUGCCUCUUUUAACUGUCUUUUUUCUCUCUCUCAAUUUGUUCAUCUCUUCCUCUCUCUUUCUCUCAAUUUGUUAUAUCUUCCUCUCUCUCUCUCUCAAUUUUUUCAUCUCUUUCUCUCUUUCUUCAUCUCUUUCUCUCUUUCUCAAUUUGUUCAUCUUUCUUUCUCAAUUUGUUCAUCUCUUUCUCUCUUUCUUCAUCUCUUUCUCUCUUUCUCAAUUUGUUCAUAUCUCUCUCAGAGAGAAAGAUGA